GACGUCACAAGCAAACAUGGCGGCUAGCUUUGAAUGAGUGAGCGAACACAACAAGACUCUGCAAAGAAACAUUGAAUCUCUCGAAGGCAAAUUGUUAGCCGCGAUGUUUAAAGCCGCAAAGGAAAGUGCUGAUAAAACGAUGUAAAGCAGAGUUCGCUUUGCUGCUGCUGCCGCCGCUGUUUUGUGCAGCCAUGUCAGAGGCGAGGACGCAUGCUGAGUUCACUGAACUGUGGAGGACUGUCUCCAAACUCAGCUAUAAAAAAACACAAGACACGAAAGCAGCAAAGCAGAUGCCUGACACGACAACACGACAAGAUUUUCAAAGUCCCCGGCAUCGAGGUUGCAGCAGAUACCCCGGCUUGGCUAAUGGAGAUUCUCCAGGAGAUGUGGAACCUUCACAAGAUAUCGUCUGGGAUUCCACAUCACCCACUCAGACUCAUACUGGACUUAGGAACACUAGAGCUGUGGAAAUAUCUGAUAUUGUGAACCGCAUUGCUCCAAAGGAUGUAAAACCAGAAAGGACUGACUCCUCUUUGCUGCAGUGGAUCGGUGACAGUGCCAUGCCCGCCACACCAGAGAUUCAAAAGCCAAGACUCAGGAAGAAAUCCUCUAGGCAAAGCGGUGUGGAGGACCUCAUGAAACUCGCCAGGCAGUUUGAUGAGAGCAUGCAGCAAGAUAAGGAAACUUCAGAAAGCCUUAUGAACAACAAUCUUAAUGAAUGUCUGAACACUUCCGAAACAAAACUGAAACCAUCGUCACUCCAUGAUAGCUUGAAGGACCUAAAGUGCCCAUCGGCACCAGACCAGAUAGAGGCAGAGCUGCAUGCUCUGUUUGACUGCUCCACUCAGAGUGCAUGGCUAAGCCGUGGCUCUGCAGUAUCCACCUGUUCACAGGAAGUAAGAGGCCAACCUGUGAAUGCAGCUUUAUCCAAAGACCAACAAUCAGAGCUCAAAUCAGCUGAAAAGUCUGGCACAGCUGCACAUCCUGCUGAAGAAAAGGGAACUAAUAGCUGGAGUGCAAAUAACUGUGAUGACUUUGAUGAUGACUGGGAGAAUGAUGAAUUACUUAAUGACCCUUUUUUGCUGGCGAUGACCCAUAAGCCCUAUGAGCAACAUGACACCAAUCCUAACACCACCUUUCAGUCUGAGACUAAGACAAACACUACUCACUCUACCCCUGUUCGCAACCCCAUUGCAAAUGCAAUCCCUGCACACAAGCCUUCAAACCUAAACUGCAAGCCUAGCUGCAGUGUGAAAAGUUCUGAAACAAAACUGACACUCCAGGAACUCUGUCCCAAACUGAAGACUACCAACCGAAACACUUUCAAAUUAGAGCCAAACCCCAACUUGCGGUCACAGAUGGCCAAAGAGGUUUCUACUAAGUCCAACUUCACUGUUAUACAACCCAAGCCACAGAUGUUUGACCAGAAAUCUGCAACUGCAAAGACAUCCACUACACCUCAACCUGACAAGGUCACUAAUGAUCACAGAGGGGCUUCUUUAGGAAAACACUCUGUUAAAGACAUUUCAGACAGCUUGUGGGAUGAUAGGGAUGAUGACGCACUGCUCUACCAGGUAUGUGACAGCGUGGAGAAGAUCGCCAACACUCAGUCGCUCCAAGUGAGCCCCGGUAACUGCCAAGAAAAACAAGAUAUUGAUGUAGACAGACAACGGAAAACCACAGGGCCGCAGCCCAUCAACAUGACUCGGCCUGGGAACGUCGGUGCCAGCACUAACAGACAAUCACCUUGUGCUUUUGUUCGUUCUAACUCAUUACCAAGGGCUAGUUAUGAAACUGUGAACUUUCAAGGAUGGAACGUUCCCAUGAAGGAUGCCAACAAAAAAUCACAGAUGUCUCAAAGCUUCCCAGGAAGCCACACAGAUUUGGGUACAUUAAGUCAGUGCAGGGAUUCAUCUGGAACUUUCCAGGCUGGAAAUGCUAAUGUGGAUAUGAAGCAACAUACAGUGAUGGCCAGAGCAGUACACAACGCCAAGAGCCAUCACACAGCUUUCAAAAGAAAUCUAUCUGACUCAGCAGCCAUAAGCACCAAAGUUUUUGUCACAAGCCAGAUGACAGGAAAGUGCUCUGCUGCAGAGAUUGAGAGGAAAAAACAGGAAGCCUUGGCCAGGAGGCGACUGCGAAUGCAGACUGCCACAAAGCCGUAGAGCGACUUCGUCCUGCCAGCAUUUUUUGCAACUUAAUGCACUCGUCAUUUCAUACAAGUGGUUCAACCCUUUUUCAAAAUUUCUUGUUUUUUGAUGAUUGUAUCCAAGAUGAAGGACUGUUGAUAGUUCAGUAUCGCAUGACCUGAUCCCGGGAUAUGUACUUAGCUUUCCGCACAUAUAGAACCUACUACUGGCUGUUUUUGCUGCUAAUGUAAUGUGUUUCAUGGUAAGCAUUUUUUAGGAACAGUUUGCUACACAGUCUCAUAUCUGUGACAAUGUAAAGAAAAACUUCUUCACUACUUUGAAAUAUAGUUUACAUCCACUGAGCUUGGAAAAAAAAAUUCCAAAUGCUCUGUUUGUUGUUUUUUUGAUAUUUAAGCCAAUUUUGGAUAGAACAUUUUUAUCUGGUGCUUUUUGCUUUUGUUAAAAAGUAAAUAGCUUAAUCUCUGUGUCACUUUUCAAAUUGUAGCAUCAAGGUUGACAUAUAAAACAGUAUAUUUUUGAAGCUAUCCAUAAGAAAUGGAUGCCUUCGCUUUAAAGCGAACAUUAGCUUAACUGCUGUGUUCUCUGCUUUAUGGGUCUGCUAAGACUGCUUAAGUGCCUGACAAUUCUUUUAAAGCAUACUUAAAAUAUUCAUCCGUCUUCAUAACUUUGUAAUGAAAAAAGCCUUACUUUAUUAGAAAUAGAAAUGAAAGGAUAUCAACACAACCUAGCACAAAAUCUUUGCUUUGAGGCCAAGCUGAACAUUUAAUAGCUGAUUCUUAUUUGUGUUUCCUCUGAGCUUUCUUUGCUCACGUCAGUGUUUCUCCUUUUAGUUUUGCACAGGUCAGCAUCAACAGUUGUACUGUAAAGACAGCGUUGUGGCCUCCGCUGGCAAAGUGUACUGUAAUAGCUAUGCUAUGCUAACAAGGCUUGAAAUUGUUUUUAUAUCCAGACAGGAUGAAAAUGAUGAAAGAUGAGAAACUCACACUACAUUUUCCUAUCAUAUUUUCAUCAUUUGUGCUGUAAAGGGCAGACCUGUGACAUACAGGUGACAAAUUCAAAUAAAACUUUCAAAUAGA